GACGGAGAUGCCGUAAGCAGUAAUAAUAAAUUAGAUACCACACGCAACCGGAUCCUCUCUCUCUCCGUUUCGCAUUACAAAAAAUCUUCCCUCUUUCUCUCUCCUCUGCAAUUCCAGAGAGCUUCACAUAAUUCAAAGCCGCGUUUCUAGCUGUCUUAAAGAAGAUUUCUUCUCUUUGCGCGUGUCCUGUUCUCUUCUCCAAUCCUCUACUCACCCAAGAGCAUCGAUUUAUCUUACUAAAGCGUAUAUCUACGUAAAUAAAUAUAUACAUAAUAGCAAAAAUGGAGGUCAAACUAUGGAACGACAAGCGCGAGAGAGAAAUGUAUGAGAAUUUUGCUGAGCUUUAUGCUAUUAUAAAAGCCACAGAGAAGCUAGAGAAGGCAUAUAUUCGUGACAUUAUAUCCUCGUCUGAAUAUGAAACUGAAUGCCAAAAGCUUAUUGCCCACUUCAAAACCUUGGCUUCCACACUCAAAGACAUAGUUCCUAGCAUUGAGCGCUUUGCAGACACUUACAAAAUGGAUUGCCCAGCAGCUAUAAACCGCCUUGUGACCUCUGGGGUGCCUGCCACAGUGGAGCACCGGGCUGCUGCUGGAGCCUCAUCACCCACUUCUGCUGCCAUUGUCGCAGAGUGUGUACAGAAUUUCAUCACUGCAAUGGAUUCACUGAAACUGAAUAUGGUUGCCGUGGAUCAGGUGCACCCUUUGCUCUCAGACCUCUCUGCAUCACUUACUAAGCUGAGUAUUUUGCCGCCAGACUUUGAGGGUAAGACAAAGAUGAAGGAGUGGAUCUCAAGGUUGUCUAAAAUGGGGGCAGCAGAUGAGUUGACGGAACAACAAGCUCGACAGCUUCACUUUGAUCUUGAGUCCUCGUACAAUUCAUUUAUAGCAGCGUUGCCCACUGCUGGUACUUGACUGAAUUGGGUAAGGCUUUAUUAGAGUCCGAAAUGGGCUUGUACUUCAAUUUGGUUCCAUAUAUUCAUCAGCUAUUGUUGAGUGUUGUGUUCUGUAAUCCCCUUGAUAUUGGAGACACAUGGCUUCCUCAAGUAACAUAUUGUUUUGUUGAGAGGUGAUA